AUGGCUGACGCAGUGGAGAAAGAGGGCGGUAGCCCGUGUUCGGUGGAUUUUGGGGAUGGCGAUGAACCGUCGCCGCCCCCCGCCGAUGCGGAUGAAGAGCCCGGCGUUAGCCAUGGCGGUGGUCCCGAGAACAUCAGGGAGCCAACGUUCCAGGAGGGCAUCAUGAGGCCGAUGAGAGUUCAUUCAGCUUUGAAGAGCUCAAAGAACUUUGAGGAUUUCAGAAGAAACAGGCCCUUCAAGUUCCUCCACAUGUAUAGCGGCCCAAAUGACCCUUUGGGACAAGCCAUAAAGAUCGAGGCGGCCAAGAACAGACUGGAAACUGUUGUCUUGAGCUUGGACAACAAAAUUGACCAAACCCUGGACUUAUCAAAGCCAUCAAGUUCCACGGCAAUCAAGCAAGAGGUAGCCAGAGGGGAGUGGGAUUACACACAUGCAGGCUUUCCAUGUGGUAGCUUCAGCAUGGCACGUCACAAUGCGACCCCUGGUCAACCUGGUCCUGUCAGGGAUAAGGCGAACAUCUAUGGGUACCAGGGCAAUACCCCACAACAACAGGCUGAAGCUGACAGGGGCACGAGGAUGGCGACGCAGGCGGGGGACAUCUACCAGGAGCAGGUGAGAGCGUGCGAAGCCAGAAAAGUCCCCCCGUUGGCAACUCUUGAGAACCCUCCUGGAAGUGAAGAAUCAGGAGGGGCGUGGGACCUACCGGAACUUCAAAAGGCACUGGAAGAGACGAAAGGAGUUAAAAUUCCUUAUCACUCAUGCGCCUUCAUGGUGAAAGAAAAACAACGGUUUUUGAAACCAGGGGUUUGGGCAGGCAGACUUUCAGGAAUUGAAAAACUUCAGAAGGUUUGCAGGUGUCCUGCAUGGAUUAAACAUGUCCCUCUGAUCGGAAAACAGAUGACUUCGUUGGCGGCAGAGUACCCUCAGGGCUUGGCCGAAGCUGUUGCAAAGGAGGUAGUGGCUUCCUGGAAGAAGACUCUGAACUUGGAGUGGUGGCGCUACCAGAUCGAGACAAAGGCCCAGGAGGUUGGGGAUUUACAAAAGAAGUGGCUCGAAAACGAGGACAACAAGAGCAAGGCCGCGGACACAAGGCCACCUCCUCAGAAAAGAGCCGCGGCUAUGGCCUUCAAGAUCGACAACAUCGAAAGCGAUGACAUGGCAA